AUGCCCCUGGGUCAGAGGAAUGCGCUCUGGAAGCUGGAGGAAGACCCAGGCCCGGCCCAGGGCCUGGUGGAGGCACAGGUGUCGGAGGUUGGGGAGGAAGAGGCCCCCCGCGCCCCCUCCUCCUCCUCCACCUCAGCCUCCUCCCAGUCCACCGCCCCAUCUGUCUCCUGCUCUGCCCUGUUUCUGGUCCCCUCGGAGGAGGGGUCUGCUGCUGGGUUCCAGAGUCCCCCCCAAAGCUCUCUGAGUGCCUGCCUCUCCCCCACUGUCCUGGCAGCCAGUGCCUGGAACCAGCCUGACCAGGGCUCUAGCAGCUCCGAUGAGGAGGGGUCGAGCACCUGCGAGGAGCCCAAAGAACCCCAGCCGGGGCUCCAAAACAUAAUCCAGGGGAAGCUGGCCGACCUGGUGGAGUUCCUGCUCCUCAAGUAUCACACCAAGGAGCCGACCAGCCAGGCAGAGAUGCUGGAGAUCGUCAGCAAAGAUGACCAGGAUGCCUUCCCUGUGAUCUUGGGCCAGGCCUCCGAGUGCAUGCAGCUGGUUUUUGGCAUGGAUGUGAAGGAAGUGGACCCCAACGACCACUCCUACAUCCUGGUCCCCGUCCUGGGCCUCACCUAUGAUGGGAUGCUGAGCGGUGAGCAGGGAGUGCCCAAGACCGGCCUCCUGGUUUUGGUCCUAGGGGUGAUCCUCCAGCAUGGCGACCGUGCCCCCGAGGAGGAGGUGUGGGAAACGCUGGGGGUCAUGGGGGUGUAUGCCGGCCAGGAGCAUGACAUCUAUGGGGAGCCCAGGGAGCUCCUCACCAAUGUCUGGGUGCAGGAAGGGUACGUGGAGUACCGGCAGGUGCCCGGCAGUGACCCUGCCCUCUACGAGUUCCUGUGGGGUCCCAGGGCCCACGCCGAAACCGGCAAGUUGCAAAUGCUAGAGUAUUUGCUCCGGGUCAAUCUUGGGCAGUCGGCUUCCUCCCUGGCCCUGUCUGAAGGGGCUGUGAGAGAUGAGGAAGAGGGGGCCUGA